AUGACUUCAGUUUCCUCAGAACCCCAGCUCUUUGGCCACAUCCUUGUCAGUGAACAGCUGUCCCCCACCUACCGCCAGCAGGAGAACAGCUGCGCCCUGACCGGACCCAGGGACAGUGUUUCCAACCUGGAAUCCACAUCCAUUGCCUCAACCCCCUCCUCCCCUCUGACUACCCCACCAAAAACCUCUCAGGUUAGGCCUGAGGAGGUAGUGACUACUGCUCUGGAGGGGAAGCUUAUGGGGAACCAGUCUGAGGAAGUAAUCUCAGGAGCUGAGAUGCGGAGGCUUCACCCCAAGAGGGCCUCCCCAGUCCAGGAAGGCCCCAUCCAAGGGGUAGGGAUGGAGUUUCCAGCUGAUGGUUAUCCAAGGACCCCAGAGAGGUCUGUGAAUCUCAGCAGGACUUGGGCAGAGCAGAAAGGACAUAAUCUGUACUCCAUUAGGGAAGAUCCUGCUCUGGGGGCAGUAGCAGCCUCUUUAGCAGGCCCAUGUGGGAACAAAGACUGGUCUCCAGGGGUUGGAGCUGCAGAGGAGCUGCUGAAGACCAUUCAACAGCAGGCUCCAACUGAACCAGAGACAAGCCAGGUGGUGAAGCCAGACAAAGCCUGUUUAAACACCAAGAUAAUGCCGCCUUAUGUGGCCGGUGGGGCUGAGAGGGGAGCUCACCCCAGAUGGCCCCUGGUCAUCAAAGCGAAGCUGAAUCCACCAAAGCCAAUUCACCAGCCAAAGACCAUCCAACCUGCACCUGCCCACUACCAAGGGCAGAAGGAGCCUCCCUAUGAGUUGGAACGGAUCAAACAACGCCACACUCCCCAGCCAAAGACUACCACCUUCUCCACUGAGGUCCAGAGAGCCAAGUCAGGAUCCAUCACUCCCAUCCAUCCAUGCCUCUGGGUUGUCCCCCGUCAGACGGCCUUCCUCCCAACCCUCACUGGAGAGAUCAGCCACCAUGCUUCCAGGCAUUGGCCAACCCAUGGAUGCCAAGCCCCCCUCUGCCUUCAGCCCCAGUCUCUACCAGCACUCUCCCUCCCCCAUCAGGGGACUCCCCUGCUCCUCUCCCACCCCUUCUGCCUUGACCAAGUCCCUGGCUGCCUCCUGCAUCAGCCAGUCCAUCAGCCAGAGUCUUGCCAAGAAGAACACUCGCCUCCAGGACCAUGCCACCCCUCACCCAAACAGUACAGCCCCUCUGGCUCCCGCUCCCACUGCAUCCCCACUGAGGAUGAGGUCUCCCUCCCCCAAACUCACCUCUGGCCCGAGUGGCCCCCUCUGAGUCCUGGCUAUGCCCAUGCUUCCUACACCAGAGAUGGGAGCCAGCCACCUAAGUGUCCCCCUUCCCCUCUCCGGUCUACUUCAGUCCGCUCCAGCCCAUGCGCAUCCCCAGCCCCAGCCCUGUCCCCCCCACCGUAUCGCAGCCAGCACUCAGUCUCCCCAGCCCCCCCAGUCAGCCUGCAUCACACCGCCUUUUCCUCUGCCUCUCCACGGCCCAGGCCUGCUGUCCUACACCAGCCACGCCAUAUUGGUUUGAAUGGAAACAGUAACAACAAUAAUAACAAUAACACCACUAACGGAGGAUGGGUCGUGAAUCACCGGAAGCCACCGUUAGCGAGUGCCAAUAGUAUACCCCAUCCCCAUGAUCCUCUUUGGAGUGGUUCUGCUCACACUCUUAACAGGGUGGCAAGGCCCUUCUCUGUCUCGGAGCCCAGCUCACGAGUGCAGUCCCCGUCCCCUUCUCCCUCCCCAUCUCCAUUCAGCAGGAUCUGCUCUCCUCCCCCAGUCCAGAAUCAUACAGGCCCCCUGAUGAACAAGCCCCCCAACCCUAGAAGCACCCGGGCAGGAGGGGCUUGCCCCUUCAAUCACCUGGGCCUCUCCCUGGAGCUCCCCAGGGCCUCCUCAGCCUGCUCCUCAGGCAUAACCUCCCCUCCGCCCAUUGGGGUUCCUGCCAAUGUCUGGGGAGUCGCCGCUCCUCAGCCGCGGAAUGCCAAAUUGGCAUUUCCUUUCUCCUCCAUUGCCUCACCCACAUGGAUAGAUGUUUAUCCCCCCUCCAUUCAGAGAAGCUCCAGCACCACCUCCCCUCCCCCAUCUGGUUUCUCGCCAUGCUCUCCAACCCAUUCUCAGAACCUGCGGAGGACCAAGGGAAGCAGCCUGCCCUUCCUUAGCCUGGCUGACCGACCACCCAGUCCAGUCAGGAAUGGGAGGGGGUCUUGGGGAGAGAGCGAAGGGUGCGGGUCUGUGGGUGCAGAGCAGGAGUCUGGGUUGAUAAGCCCCCGAGGGGGAUCCUGCUCCUACAGUGGCUCCCCAUCCUGCAUCAGCCCCGGGGCCUUGUCCCCUGUCAGACUGGCCCCUGGGAAGAGCACCCACGGCGAGCAACACUUCACCAGCAUUGCCUGGCCCGACGUGCGAGAACUCCUGACCAAGUAUGACAGUGGGGACAGCCCUGACCAGAGUGCUCCAACCUCCCCUGUCUGGCCUCAGGAUGAAUGGGGUGACCCAGACCUUGGGGAGGACAGUUGCCGGAGCCACCUGAUCUGUGCCUAUGUGCCUCGGGCCUCCCCAGCCCCAGACACGGGUGCGCCCAUCCAGUACCCUCACAGGAGUGAGCCAAAGCCAGAGGACGCCUCCUCAAUGCAGGCAGCCAGAAGGACUCUAAAGACUAGCUAUGCUACCACUGUGAACCUGCAGAUUGCUGGCAGUGGACGUAUCACUUCCUUCAGCAACACCCAGGUGAGCCUGAACCAGACCUUAUCCCCCGUGGUAGACAGCCAGGGCAGACGGAGGGUCAGCAUCAAUGCCUGCAACUUUACCCUUCCCGUUCACCAGAACUGCAAGAGGCUGUGAGGGGCUACGACUGGGCGACCUCCUCCAAGGUGCCUUAUGCCUCAGUGAAAGUCUAAAUAGGCACUUUACCCAGAAACAGUGGUGAUCAUAGGGAUCCUAUGAGAUAUAACUCCAGGUAAUAUGGUAAAGAAUUACAUUAGACUUAAUUGGACUGUAGAUUGAAUCACCUGUUCUUUCAGAUGACAAUCUGACAAUGUCAGGAAUUCUGCAACCAACCCCCAUAUCACCACCCGGCCACCUAGAUCACUGUCCAACAGGACACCGACUGAACCCACAGACAAAUUAGUUUGCCAGUGUCGUUUUUCUUCGUCUUUUUGUUGUUUGUUGUUUCAAAAUCAAUUCUGUUUAUUCUGUUCAACAAAAAAAAAACGAUGUCUUGUUUAUCAAACUCCUGCGUUUGUGCUUGUGGCUGGCAUGGUAAAAAUGGUCCAUUCUUUUUUAAAAAAAUUUUAUUUAUGAACUAGUCUUAUUUUGUCUGCAUUUCUGGCACUUAAUUGUAUGUCUUUAUUUUGCACAAUGUCCUCAGCUGUGUGCGUAGUUAAGACGUGUCUGUGAAGGUAGCUUUUAUUUCAGACCAAAUCACGAUGUUGAUGUUUUUAUGUGUUCUAACCUAUGUAGUUUUACCAGUGGUUCAUGUUGAAAAAAAUACAUGAUUUAUUUGGUUACACAAGAGCAGAAAAUAAGGGAAAAUAAGAGCAACAAUGUUCAGGGAAAACAAAGUGCAAGAACAUGAAUGGUGACUCGACCAACAUGCAUUUUUAUUGCUACACAACACAGUGUCUUCAGGCUACAUUGGCCCGUUUUGAUAGCAUAGGCCUAACUACUUUUUUAAGUACAGUAUUUAAAUAUCAGAUUUGAAAUUAUGUGAACUCCCGUGGUCAAAAGACUCAAAGAACAACCACUGUGUCUAUUACUGAUGUGCAUUUCAGUUAUUUGUACUCCUAUAAUAAUAAAAAAAUAUUAAAGACCCUU